UAUUUCCUUCGUAACCUUUCCCCCCCAAAUUUGGGUUAAAGUUCCGAGAAGCAACAAGCCCAUCUGAGCCCACUGGGAAUAUAUAUACAAGGAUAUACUUCUUGCCAUUCCCGAAUAAAAUCAAACAGCCUUUUCUCUCACAGUUCAAAAGCUAGGUAGAAUUUGAUUUCUUCAGUGAAUAUUUACAUCAAGAUAAUAUCAUAGCCAUUUUGCUAAUCUAUAGAAUCUGAGCCCAUUGUUAUGGAUACGAGAAAAGUCAUCCUGGCUGUAUUUUCAGUGGUUCUGGUUUUCAGGCUUGCUGAUAGUUUUGACUACACUGAAGAGGACUUGGCAUCAGAGGAGAGACUACGGGACUUGUAUGAGAGAUGGAGGAGCCAUCACACUGUUUCUCGCAGCCUCGCUGAAAAACAAGAGCGUUUCAAUGUAUUCAAGGAAAAUUUAAAACAUAUUCACAAGGUGAACCACAAGGACAGGCCUUAUAAGUUGAAACUGAAUAGCUUUGCUGAUAUGACCAACCAUGAGUUCUUGCAACACUAUGGAGGCUCAAAGGUUAGCCACUACAGGGUGCUCCGUGGACAAAGACAGGGAACUGGGUCCAUGCAUGAGGAUACAAGUAAGCUUCCUUCUUCUGUUGACUGGAGGAAGAAUGGAGCAGUAACCGGUAUAAAGGACCAAGGCAAAUGUGGUAGCUGCUGGGCAUUCUCAACUGUAGCUGCAGUGGAAGGUAUAAACAAAAUCAAAACGGGAGAGCUGAUCUCUCUAUCUGAGCAAGAGCUGGUUGAUUGCGAUUCUGAUAACCAUGGCUGCAAUGGAGGAUUGAUGGAAGACGCAUUUAAUUUUAUUAAGCAAAUUGGUGGAUUAACAUCAGAGAAUACGUAUCCAUACAGAGCUAAAGAGGAGCCAUGUGACUCAAACAAGAUGAAUUCUCCUGUUGUGAAUAUCGAUGGGUACGAAAUGGUGCCUGAAAAUGAUGAGAAUGCAUUGAUGAAAGCUGUUGCAAACCAACCUGUAGCAAUUGCAAUGGAUGCUGGUGGCAAGGAUCUCCAGUUCUACUCGGAGGCAAUAUUCACUGGAGAUUGCGGCACAGAGCUGAAUCAUGGAGUAGCACUUGUGGGCUAUGGGACGACUCAAGAUGGAACGAAGUACUGGAUAGUAAAGAAUUCAUGGGGCACCGAUUGGGGAGAGAAGGGUUACAUAAGAAUGCAACGUGGGAUUGAUGCAGAAGAAGGAUUGUGCGGCAUAACAAUGGAGGCCUCCUACCCAGUCAAGUUGCGCUCAGACAACAAGAAAGCACCAUCUCGCAAGGAUGAACUCUAGUUGAUCGGUGUGGCUAAAUAAAGAGUAGAUCGCCUCAACCAAAAUAAUAUAUGUUUUCACAGAUGUAAUGUUCUAUGCUAUAGCUUGGAUGGAAAUAAAAGCUGUUUGAUCCUAAGUAAGAUCGAUUAUUUUAUAAUAUUAUUGUAUUGUCGAUUUUAGUUACAA